CAUUCACAGUGACACAAUCCACCAACCCCUACCCUUCUCCCACCACCAACCCCCUAUGGCCACCUCCAUCCACUCCUCCUCCACCAUCGCCCGCCGCCUCACCUUCUCAACAACAACCCGACUCUCCUCACCCGACCCGAAAUCCCUAUCCUUUCCUUCUCAUUAUUCCUUCACGGCUCUUCCUCUCAGAGCAUCCAGAACGGUCAUCAGAGCAGUCGCGGUUACCGGCACUGACCAAGCUAUGGAGCUUGACAUUUCGCUCAGCCCCAGAGUCAACUCCAUCAAGCCGUCCAAGACGGUUGCAAUCACCGACCAGGCCACGGCUCUCGUCCAGGCCGGCGUCCCCGUGAUCCGGUUAGCCGCCGGCGAGCCCGAUUUCGAUACUCCUUCUGUUAUUGCUGAGGCGGGGAUCAAUGCCAUUCGAGAGGGGUGUACUAGGUACACACCAAAUGCAGGGACUUUGGAGCUGCGGCAGGCGAUUUGUCGUAAGCUACAAGAGGAGAAUGGGAUAUCUUAUUCCCCUGAUCAGGUGUUGGUUAGUAAUGGAGCCAAGCAGAGUAUUGAUCAAGCGGUACAGGCAGUUUGUGCUCCAGGAGAUGAGGUUAUCAUUCCGGCUCCAUUUUGGGUGAGUUACCCGGAAAUUGCAAGGAAGGCUGAUGCAACUCCGGUGAUUAUUCCUACUAGCAUCUCUGAGAAUUUUCUCUUGGAUCCCAAGGUUCUUGAGUCCAAGCUCACUGAUAAAUCAAGAGUGUUGAUUCUUUGCUCUCCAUCCAACCCGACAGGGUCUGUUUACCCCAAGAAAUUGCUCGAGGAGAUUGCUAAAAUUGUAGCGAGGCAUCCCAGGCUUCUGGUCCUGUCUGAUGAAAUUUAUGAACACAUAAUUUACGCACCAGCAACUCACACGAGCUUUGCAUCCUUGCCAGGCAUGUGGGAGAGGACAUUGACAGUCAAUGGGUUUUCUAAGGCCUUUGCAAUGACUGGUUGGCGGCUUGGAUAUAUAGCUGGUCCUAAACACUUUAUCUCAGCAUGUAAUAAGAUCCAGAGUCAGUCCACCUCAGGUGCUAGUAGCAUAGCACAGAAAGCAGGAGUUGCAGCCUUGGGUCUUGGCUAUGCUGGUGGAGAGGCAGUUUCUGUCAUGGUGAAAGCAUUCCGGGAGCGACGGGAUUUCUUGGUGAAAAGCUUCGGUGAACUUGCUGGUGUCAAGAUUUCAGAACCCAUGGGAGCUUUCUAUCUCUUCCUCGAUGUCAGCUGCUAUUAUGGAACAGAGGCUGAUGGGUUUGGUAAAAUAGAGAAUUCAGAGUCCCUAUGCAAAUACCUGCUCGACAAGGGUCAGGUCGCACUAGUGCCAGGGGAUGCGUUCGGAGAUGACACCUGCAUACGAAUCUCCUAUGCAGCAUCUCUCCAAACUCUACAGGCAGCUGUGGAAAGAAUCAAGAAGUCACUCAUUGUGUUGAAGCCUGCUGCCCGUAGUUGAUCUAAACAAAAUGUCACUGGUAUGUUGCCAUUGCUCAAUUUGCGACUCCAAAUUCUGUAUUCUAGCAUUUGUUUUUGAUUUUGUCCUUAGUCAAAUAUCAAGACAUCCAUAAUAACGAUUCCAGUCCUGUUUCAUUAGUUAUUCAUGUAAAUAAAGGUGUG